AUGACUGGAUUACGUGGGUACUCUGCUCCAGAUAUGCAUAACCUCAGACUCAUCAUGAUACCAGUUGAACUUUUUCUCUGCUAUCUCCUGCUGUACCCUGUGGAUGCUAUUUCAUAUAGAGAGCAAACAAAUGUCUCAGCGAUGUAUCUUCCUUCAUCCUUGGAAUCUCAGACACCUUCAUCAGAUCCCUUGUCCUGCCAGACCCUGCUCCCAAAGUCCCUGCCUGGCUUCACCCAUAUGUCCCCUCUACCCAAGUUCCUGGUAGGCCUGGCUCUAAGGAAUGCCCUGGAGGAAGCUGGCUGCCAGGCUGAUGCCUGGGCCCUGCAACAACAGCUCUACCGCUUGGGAGGUGUGAAUGCUACACAGGUCCUCAUCCACCAUCUUCAAGGGCUCCAGAAAGGCGGAAGCACAAAGAGGGGAGUAUCAGUGGAAGCCCUGACCUCUGCUCUGCAGCUGUUAGUCAGGGAACCGCCAGGCUCCAAGAGGGUCCAACGCUCCCUCCCCACUGUGGACUGUGAGAAUGAGCAGGAACAGAGUGUGUACAAUGUCUUACGACUGUUGCCGGGAGUGGGAACCUACUACAACCUGGGUACUGCUUUGUAUUAUGCUGUUCAGAAUUGCUCUGAGAAGGCCAAGGAAAGAGGCCAAGAAGGUGCCAUAGACCUAGGUUUUGACCUUCUGAUGGCCAUGGCAGAGGGACCUGCAGGUAUAGUGAUCAGUGCUGCACUUAAACCAGCACUGAAGGUUGGGGUUCAGCAGCUGAUCCAGUAUUAUUAUGAUGAAAAAGAAGCAAACACCCCUUGGCCAGAGUAUAGGAAAGAGUAUUUGUGGGGCACCCCAGAUGUGAAUGACUUGGAAGAAACAGCUACCCUGAGUCCAUUGGCAUCAGAAAAUUUAAGUACACCUGUCUCUUGGGGGUGGCUAGGCUUAUUCAAGAGUUAUGGGUGA